AUGGAGCAGCCUGGUGCAGCACCAGCACCAGCAGCAGCUGCAGCAGCAGCUGCAGCAGCAGCAGCAGAAGGGGGAGACGACACAGCAGCAGUGCUGCCUUUUGGGUUGGGCCUCUCGCUGCUGUUUGGAGCAGAGCUGGCUGUGUUAAUAGCGAUUUGCUUCUCCUACUUUCUCAGCAGGGAUUCAAGUAAAAAGAGUAUAACAGACGCAUUCCUCUCGUUUAUAGGCGGAGGAAGAGACAGCUGCUUGCGUGUGUCUCUGUCUAUCUUUUCUUGUUCUGUGGGGUCUUGGUUUUUGUUUAUCCCUCCGGCUUUGGCUUGGUGCAGCAGAUCUGCUGCAGUUGUUGUUUUAUAUGCUGCUGCUGCUGCUGCUGCUCCUCUCUUAGUGGCUAUAUUCGCACCCAAAGUGCAUGCAGCACUCUAUAAACUCAAGCAGCAGCAGCAACAACUGCAGCAGCUGCAGCAUCAAAGAGAAUUGCUGCUAAAUGCAAGAAGAAAACUCCAUGACAUGCGCUUGCAGCAGCAUCUGCAACACCAACUGCAGCAGCAGCAACUGCAGCAGCAGCAGCAACAGCAACAGCAGCAACUGCAGGAGCAGCAACAGCAAGAGCAGCAGCAGGAGCAACAGCAGGAGCAACAGCAGGUGCAACAGCAGCGAGAGCAACAGCAGGAGCAGCAGCAGCAGGAGCAGCAGCAGCAGCAGCAGCAGCAGCAGCAGGAGCAGGAGCAGCAGGAGCAGGAGCAGCAACAGGAGCAGCAGCAACAGCACCAGCACCAGCAGCAGCAGCACCAGCAGUUUGAGGAGGAGGCGGGUGACUCUUCAGCCCACACCACUUGGGGCCUAAGCCCUGAACAGCAGCAGCAGCAGCAGCAGCAGCAGCAGCAGCAGCAGCAGCAGCAGCACGAGGAUGGUGAUGAGUUGGAGUUAGAAGGAGUCAAUUCAGAGUUGAGGGAGCGACAGCACUUUGGGCUCGUUGAAUUUGUGCUUCUCACCGCCGCAGCAGCAGCAACAGCAGCAGAUGCAGAUGCAGCAGCAGCAGCAGCAGAAGCAGAAGCAGAAGCUGUGGGUCGGGCUCCUCUCUUCUCUCUCUUCAUCCCCAGCAGCAGUUUACCUCUCUUCGGUGCAGUACUUGUUGUUGUUACGUGGCUGGCGAUGAGUACAGCAGAUGCAGCACAAAAUGCGUUGCCUUGUAUAUUAGCAGCAGAUAUAUUGGGUCGUCACCUGCACUACAGCAACAGCAGCAACAGCAACAGCAGCAGCAGCAGCAGCAGCAACAGCAGCAGGAAGAAGGGUGAGAAGGCGCUGCGUCUAUAUCGUUUCCUUGGCUUUACUUUGCUGCAGAUACCAUGCCUCGUUCUUGCUGCUAGCUGGAGAGACAGCUUGGUUGUUCUAUUCUUAAUAUCAAACUUUAUAACAUCUGCAGUGCUGCCCCCUAUACUGCUGGGGCUGCGCAGCAGCACAACAGCAGCAGCAGCAGCAGCAGGCAUGCUUGCAGGUGUAUUGACAGUGCCUUGCUGCGGGCUCGCCUUCACGAAGGAUAUUGCUGCUGCUCUUGGCUGCAGCAGCAGCAGCAGCAGUCGUCAAGCUCAAACAGCACACAUGUGCUCAGCAGCAGCAGCAGCAGCAGCAGCAACAGCAGCAGCAGCAGCAGCAGAACCAGCUAGAUCAGAGGAGGCCGUCUGGAGACAACGGAACCUCCUGCUUCGCCCUAACAAUCGCAGAGUCUUGAACUGCAGCAGCAGCAGCAGCAGCAGCAGCAGCGGUGGCAGCGGCAGCAGCGGCAGCGGCGGCAGCAAACCCAGAAAGGCUGCAGCAAAAGCAGCAGCAGCAGAAGGAAGCAGCAGCAAAGGCUGCUGCUUGGUGUUUCUUAGCGGACCCCCAAAGCGGCAGGAGCCGCUGCAACAGCAGUUGGAGCAGCAGCUGCAGCGGCAGCAGCCGCUGCAGCAAGAGCAGCAAGAGCAGCAAGAGCAGCAGCAGCCUGCUGCUGCUAGUGCUGCAUUUGUGUUGUUUUGUGUUGUUGCUGCUGUCGCCUUUGAAGAGAACAACUGCAGCAGUUGGGGUUUAUUUACAGUCUGUCGGUCAGGUGCUGCUGCGGAAGAGCCUCUGCCGGCAACAGACAGCGGCAGCAGCAGCAGCAACAGCAGCAACAGCAGAAUCCCCAAGAGGAGGGUCCCCUUUGCUUCGCAGCCCUCGGUUUCCUGCCUCCGUCGAGGGUUUCUCGCGGUGCCUGCUCUUGCACUGGAAGCCGCAGCAGGUCCUCAGCCGGGGCAUUGCCUCUCUAUAGAGCAGCUGCUACGGCAGCUGCAGCAGCCGCAGGUGUUGCUGCUGCUGCUGCUGCUGCUGCUGCCGCUGCUGCUUGCUGCUGCAGUCAUACGCUGGGCGGGAAUCAACACCCAGACGCAGACCAACCAGGAGCUAGAGAAUUGCUACCGCAGCAGCAGCAGCAGCAACAGCAGCUGCAGCAGCAGCAACAGUAGCAGCAACAGCAGCAGCAGCAGCAGCAAAGGGGAUGUCGUUAUUCCAGAGGGAUUCAUUGCAGCCCCACAGACGGAGCGGUUGCUGCAGCAGCAGCUGCAGCAAGAGCGGCAGCAGCAGCAGCAGCAACACAACCCCCCCGACUACGACAAUCAGCAGCAGCAGCAGCAGCAACAGCAGCAGCAGCAGCAGCAGCUUUCCUUGAAGUUUGCAGUGCCUAUUGCCGUUGGAGUUUGUGCAGGGGUCAACCAGCUGUUAAUAAAGACGCUUCAGACGUGGAUAAGGGAAAUGAAGGCAGCAUGCAGCAGCACCACAGCAGCACAGGUGCUGCUGCUCAGCAGUAGCAGCAGCAGUAGCAGCAGCAGCAGCUUGACGCUGCCUUGCUGGCUGUCGCCUGCUGCUGUGGAGGCUCGCUGGGGUGUAUGCGUAGUGCUGCUGCUGCUGGGUUCUGUUGCUGCAGUUGAGUUGGUGCUGCUGGUGCAUGCGUUGAAGCUGCUGCCGGCUUCAUCUGUAGCUCCCGUAUCGCAUGCAGCAGCAGCAGCAGCAGCAGCAGCAGGAGGGCGUUUGCUGCUGCUAGAGCAGCCGCAGCACCCUGUCUGGUGGCUAACGGGUUUGCUGCUGCUGCUGCUGAGUAUAGCCUUCAUGGGUGCAGGCCUCGACGCGAAGCGGGGGAAUCAACUGACCAACUCGUGCGCUAACCUGCAGCAGCAGCAGCAGCUGCAGCAACAGCUGCAGCAGCAGCAGCAGGAACAGCAGCAACAGCAGCAGCAGCAAUCUCUUCAGUGGUGGAGUGCCUACAGCGGCGACACGAAGAAGCCCUUCGUGGGUAACGCAGCAGCAGCAGCAGCAGCACGUUGGCUAUGA